UUCUGUCUCCCUUCCUCCAGAUUAGCCAAGAUGGGGAACAUGUUUGCAGGCCUGUUUAAGAAUCUCUUUGGUAAAAAAGAGAUGCGGAUUCUGAUGGUGGGGCUGGAUGCUGCCGGCAAGACCACCAUCCUGUACAAGCUCAAACUGGGAGAGAUCGUCACCACAAUCCCUACCAUCGGUUUUAACGUUGAGACGGUAGAAUACAAGAACAUCAGCUUCACAGUGUGGGAUGUGGGCGGUCAGGACAAGAUCAGGCCUCUGUGGCGGCACUACUUCCAGAACACCCAAGGUCUGAUCUUUGUGGUGGACAGUAACGACAGGGAGAGAGUGAACGAGGCGCGGGAAGAGCUGACAAGGAUGCUGGCUGAGGACGAGCUGAGAGACGCUGUGCUGCUUGUGUUCGCUAACAAACAGGUGAACUGACUAACUGGGGAGAGACACUAGUGC